ACAAUAACAGGAAACCCUAUUCUAACUCUGCUGCUCUUUCGCCGUUUCUCGUAAAGUUUGAGACAUUUCUCAGUUGUCGCUGCGCAGUUUGGCGAAAAACAACCUUUCCGACUAUCUGUCCAUGUGCCUACAACUCCCAUCGACAUGCAUCCUCCAUUUUUACACGUUUUAACGCGAGCUAGCUCCGAUAACCACAGGCUAACAUAAACAAACAUCAGCUAGCAAGCCAAGCUAACAAGUUAGCAUCAGCACCACUGAUAACUAAAGCCCUUUCUGGACUUUAAUCUGGACUUUAACACCAUCGGGACAAACAUUGCUCAAAGUUGCAGUUUACAAUGUCUUCAUAUACAAGUGCAAGUGGGGGUUUGCAACUCAGAAAAACGAAAGUUGAACUUUAACCCUACUUCCGGCUUCCUCAGAGAUCUUCUGCACCAUGUGGAUGUGCAUGGCUGCUCUCCUGCUGUGGAUGAAGUCAGGAGGAUGUACAGAAAGGGCCAACACCUCCGAGCUGGUUGAGUACACCGCCCUGGACUUCUAUGAGAAACUGCACUCUGGGAAGAUGAUGUUUAUCUACUUUGAGCAGAAAGUGUCUCCGACCAUCUCUCUCUUCUUGGUGGAGCUGGAGAUGUCUGCUGAAGUUCUGCACGACUAUGGCGUACUGGUCGGCAAGGUUAACUGCAAUAAAGAGCCGGUUCAAACGUACUGCACAGACGAGAGGCUCCUGCAUUCAGCUUUUCUGUUCAGGGGGGGUAAGGAGUUCCUGGGUUUGGAUUUGGACACUGUGUUCGACGUCAACUCCAUCGUCUCUGAAGUCCUGUUCGCCAUCCUGCGUGAAGAGGUCAGGUACGUGCACACAGACGCAGACCUCUUGGCCAUGGAGAAAGCCGUCCGGGGGCAGAAGAAUAUUGUGCUGGGCUACGUGCGCAGUCUGGGAACACAAGAGCACAGAUCAAUGAUGGAGACGGCGUAUGUGUACGGAUCCAUAUACCAGUUCAUCCUCAUAACAGGAGGACCAGUCCUCAAACAUUUAGGUGUUAAUGAAUCGUCUCACUCGUCUCAGGUGUGGUUCCUCCACUGUAGAGUUCACAGUGGCUUCAUGACCCCUAUGACCUCUGAGCGCUGCCCAUUGACCCGCAUGAGGAAACCUCUGUCCGUCCUCAGCCUCCACUCUUUCCUGCAGCUCAUGGAGGCUCCACUGGUGUCUGAAGUAUACAAAGACCCCUCCAUGGUCCCGCCCCCUCAGUUCCCCUACCAGCAGACCCCCCAGGUCUUCCUCUUCUCCCGUCCCGAAACCGCACACCUGGACCUGGACACAGCCACCACUCUGGCCUGGAGGCUGCGGGGCAUUGCCCUGGUGCUGCUCGUACACAGCCAGAGUCCUUCAGUGAAAACCCCUGAUGAAUAUAAUGCUGCUUACAGGCUGCCCGAGAAGAGUUUAGAGGUGAAGUAUCUGCACUUACACAACCUCGAUGAGGUGAUGGAGCUCUUUACACUUCAAGAGAAAGAGGCAGAAGAGGAGGAGGAUGAAGAGGAGGGCGAGGAUGAGGAGGAGGACUCAGAUCUUGCCAAGCUGGACGAUGAAAUCGCUGCGUCCGUCUACAAAACCAGAGGCAGCUUUCUGGACAUUGACUCAAUCACCCAACUAACCUCUGACAACUUCCACACUGCAGUAGCACAAAACAGCCUCACCGUGGUGCUGUUCUACCUCAAAUGGGAUGCUGUUUCAAUGGCUGUGCUCAACUCUCUCAUUGAAGUUGCAGAAAGACUUGAAGACUCUGAGGUCGACAAUGUGCAGAUGAGCUCAGUCGACUGUGGAGAGUGGACCGACCUCUGUGCUGCUCAGUCAGGCUCAUCUCUCCCGGCCCCGUUCAAGCCAAUCACAGCCUUCCCCAGCGUCUGGGUCUUUCACCCCCAGGUGUCGGCGCGGCACUACAGCGGCAUGCUGGGUAGCGAGGCGCUGCAUCGCUUCAUCGUGCUGAGCUGCUCAGCCUCGCCCACACUACUGACCACAGAGGAGGAAGUGGCAUCAUUUCUACAGGGAGUGCCUCACCCGGAGUUAGCGGGGUACAAGCCCGACAGAGUACUGGGACUGUUUCAGUCACCAACACAUGCAGGUGCACCAGUGUUUACUGAAGCAGCAGAGUCACUGAGAGGAGAGGUGCUAACUGGACUGCUGACAGAUGGACUGGCAGAGAAAUGGGCCGCAGACCACAGCGUGGACCUUCCUGCAGUGUUGGCGUUCCCCUCCUGGAGGACACCCACUCGUCCCUCCACGCUGCCUGUGUCGUCCUCUGCCAAGGAGCUGCUCUCCCACAUCCACACUGCUCUGCUCCAUCCAAUGCCUGAACUGACGGUGGAAAAUCUGCCGUCCUUCUUCUCUCUGGGCAAAGCCCUCCUGCUCCUUUUCGUGGGAGAGGAAGAGGACGAGAUCGGGCGGAGGCAGAACCAGGCGCUGGUGGAGGAGAUGGGAAGAGUGGUGGAGCUGGGAGACGGGAGGAUGGAUCGAUAUCUCGCCUGCUGGAUCCACCUUGGCCGAACUCCAGCUGGCAUGUCGGUCCUGGGGUCCUACCUGGGCUCUAUGCCCCCCCUGCCUGCUCUGGUCCUCACCCAUUUACCCACUGGAGGUGAGAUCUAUCAGUACCCCCCCAACACCCCAAUAGUGGCCCUGUCUGUGCUGCAGUGGCUCCAGAGGAUCGAGGAUAAGACAGAGUCUCCUGCAGGGAUGCUGGGUGAAGACAGUUGGCCUCCUGCUGUCAAGUUCUACGAGUUUCUAAAAAUCAUGGACACGCAGGAACCUGGCUCCGCCCGGCAGCAGGCGCCUGAAGAGGAGGAAGAGGACGAGGAAGAGGAGAAUAUGGAAGAUGAUUCAUCGUCAGAAGAGGGGACCGAUUCCUCCAGCUCUCCUGCUCCUGAUGCUACGACGAACACUCACUCUGAAUUGUAACAAGUCUUUUAUAUUAAAUGAUUAUUAAAUUUUGA